CACCUCACACCUUUCAGAUCAGCCUCACUAGUAGCCGUCAAGAAAGCCAGCCACCGCGGGCACCACCGCGCCAGCCGUAGAAGCAACCUAAUCUUUCUUAAUUUCAGGCGAGUUGACUGGCAUAACCCUGUCAACUCAUCAUAUACAGGGUGGGAUAGCCUUUCCAAUCAUUACAAGUUCCAACAAUGGCGGGAAUAGCUAUACUUUUAGAUCUAUGGAGGAAAAACCAAGACUAUAGCUCUGGAUUGCACUCUUCUCAGGCCUUUCAGUCUUCUGCUUUUUUCUCUGCCUCUGCUGCUGCUGCAGCAGCCUCCUUUGCUGCAGGGACCAGUUUUGCCUCAAGGGCUCUCUUUGGGUCACCAAUUGCGUAUUGUGAUGCUGGGGCAGCAUUAUCUGAAGACUACAUUUCUAAUAUACAAAGUCCUUCUAGAAGGAUUUAUAAUUAUGAUGCUCCAAGAUAUAGUACCAAGCAGUACAAUGUGGAACUUAAACCUCUAUUCUCUGCUUUUGAAUUGAGAACUUUUGCAAUGACUUCCAUAAGGUCAUUCUUGAUGUUCUAUUUGCCUCUUUUGGAGCCUCGUGCGGAAGAUGAUGAUGAUUUCUUGGAGGAGAAUCAAGAGCACCAUGUUGAUCUGGUUGUUCCCUUCAAAAAAUCAGUGAAGCAAAUCAUACGUGAGUCAACCGUUGUGACCACUAGAAGGAUUUUGGAAAGGAUUGCUGUUCAUUAUGUUUCACAAAGAAUGGCAUGGAAACUUCUUAAAGAUGUCCCUAAAUCAGCUACUCGCAAGGCUGUAAGGAAAAUGCCUACUUCAGUUUAUUUCUACUCUGUGAGCAGAACAACUUUCAGAGGACAUAUGCUUGGAGUUGCAGCCUCAUGGCUUGUCCAAGUAGGCAUUGAUUUAUAUCGAUUUUUUACUUCAAUGUUCAAGGCUAAGCAUGAGGAUAAUGACUUUGAUGAAACCAAUCAAGUUGGACUUCUGGGACAGAGGAUUUUCGUUGCUACAGUUAAAUGUUCUUCAUCUCUAAUUUUUGCCUCCAUAGGAGCAGGGAUUGGUGCAAACCUUGUUCGUCCCUCGUUGGGCCAGUGGGUUGGAUGUGCUGCUGGUGAUUUGGCUGGUCCCAUUAUUGUAGCAUUUUGUGCCGACCAAUUAUUUCAAGUGAAACUUUUUAAGUAGUUAUAUUUUCUGACAUAUUCUUAAUCCGUUUCAAAUAACUGGUGUAUCUUAUAAAUUUUGCUAUACUUAUUAUUUACAUGCGAUUGAGUCACCAACUAAAAGUCGCUAGACUUCCUUUUAGCUGAAGGGAUUUUAACAUUUUUUCCCAUGAUAGUGACUUCGUUAUUGUUUGAAUUGAUUUUACUGAUGAUACAGUCUCUAAGCCAUUAUUGUAUUGCAUUUCAGAAUUUGUUAGUAGUU